AUCUCACUUCUUGGACCUCUAAAAUGGCAAGUCUUUCUAUGAUAAACCAAAAUAAUAAACUUUGGAUCCUUUAUAAAUCAACUUUCACUUUCCUUUUUCUUUUCAUUUUCAUUUUCAUUUUCACCUAAAAGGGUUUCAACAAGACCACUAUCCCUUUUUUUUUUACAUCUCUGAUUCUCACAGCUCUGGCAUUUGUCAAUCAGUCACAGGCUGGAACAAUGUGCAUAUUUUUUCAAGCAGAAAUUAUGCACUUUCAGUCCCAUUUGCUCUUUUUAUCCUGAAUAUGUAUACCCUUUUGGAAUCUCGACAUAGCGACAUUCUUUUCUUGGUCUCAUGAGUGUUAUUUCCAAAAAAGGUAGAAACUAGGUAUUGAAGCAUUCCUAGUUUUGCCUUGAACAUGAAAUCAAAAUUAAAGAAUGGCUUGUGUUCUGUGGUCCCUCUUCAUUUGCAAGGUGAAUCCGCAACACGUUUUUGCAUGUUUCCCAAAGUGAAGUCAGCUUGUUGUAGUCCAGGCAACACACCUGUUUACCUUAAUGUGUACGAUUUGACACCCGUUAAUGGCUAUUUUUACUGGGCAGGCAUAGGUGUCUUCCAUACAGGGAUUCAAGUUCAUGGUGUUGAAUAUGCUUUCGGAGCACAUGACUAUCCAACAAGUGGUGUCUUUGAGCUUGAACCUCGACAGUGCCCUGGCUUUAAAUUUAGAAAGUCGGUGUUCAUGGGGACAACAUAUCUGGAUCCUAUCCAGCUUAGAGAAUUCAUUGCGCGCCAAUCAGCAAACUACAAUGGUGACUCAUAUCAUUUGAUUGCUAAGAACUGUAAUCAUUUCUCAGAUGAUAUCUGUUACAGGUUGACUGGGAAACGGAUACCUAAAUGGGUGAAUCGGCUAGCACGAGUAGGUUCAUUGUGCAACUGCAUUCUUCCAGAAGCCCUCAAAGCUUCCACGGUACAACAUGGCACAAAUGCACAAAACUAUGACAGUGAGAAGAGGAAACUAAGAAGCUCUUUUAACUGUUUGUCUUCAAUCUCAAUGCGUCAAGGUGAGAAAGAAGUAUCAAUAUCAUCGUUGUUCUUGCACUCCCACUAUAAAGGAUGUCUGCCGCCUUGGGAAUCCAAAAAGUCUAGAAGCAGGUCUUUGAAGGAAGGAUAAGGUCUUUUUAAUCCUCUAUAUGGAAAUCCUGUGUGAAUACUGACUUCUUUGUCAGACAAGCAUUUCUACGUAUAGCCAUUCUGUGAGCUUGUUGAAAUAUUUGCCGGGCUCUCAUUUGACUACUGAAUAGCGCUUGCUGGCUGAGAUUCUUUUUGGCUUGCCUGUGGUGAUUUAUGCACAUUCUCUGAGUUCAGAUUUCUGGUGUCACAAGUUCUGCUGCCCAGUUCAUAUUCUGAUCCUACUGAAGAUCAAAUCUAUGCAUCAGUAUUUUGUCCCAGAAAUGUAUUUGUUUGUUAAUUCUCAGUCGUUUUCUUGUUUGAUACUUAAAACAGAGAGAUUCUUGUUUCUCCUGUGGUAGAAAUUUACUUUUGAAAGAUCAUGAGCUAUUUGCAAACAAUUUUCUCAACCAAAUUAUGACAAAUAUACCAACAUCACUUGCGCAAAA